ACAACGAAAGGAGGAGGGCGCGAGACAAGAAGUGGUGGGGUAAUUUAUCAAAAUAACCUGACUUUCAGCUCAGUUAAUGGAACAUUUCAACUUCCCUACUAAAUUCAUCGUGAGUUGUGUUCUUAAUUUAGCCUGGUUACAGAUUCUUUCCAACAAGGCACCCUAGUCGCCAGUGUGGCUGAGGGAAGCAUGCAGACCAUAAAGUGUGUGGUGGUGGGUGAUGGCGCUGUGGGUAAGACUUGCCUGCUCAUCUCCUACACGACCAACGCCUUCCCAGAGGAGUACAUCCCCACCGUGUUCGACAACUACAGCGCCCAGAUAAGUGUGGACGGCCGCGCCAUCAGCCUCAACCUUUGGGACACGGCAGGCCAGGAGGAAUACGACCGACUGCGCACCCUCUCCUACCCCCAGACCAACGUCUUCAUCAUCUGCUUCUCCAUCGGCAGCCCCUCCUCUCAUGCCAACGUACGGCACAAGUGGCACCCAGAGGUAUCCCACCACUGCCCCGGAGUUCCAGUGCUGCUGGUGGGCACCAAGCAGGAUCUGCGUGGAGAUACGGAGGCGGUAAAGAAGUUGAAGGAGCACGGCCUGACCCCCACCACCCAACAGCAGGGCAAUGCCUUAGCCAAGCAGAUUGGUGCUGUCAAAUACCUGGAGUGCUCAGCUCUGAUGCAGGAAGGCGUGAGGGAGGUGUUCGCAGAGGCUGUGCGAGCUGUGCUCUACCCCGUUACCAAGAAGAAUGACAAGAAGUGUGUUCUGUUAUAACUUUGUGCCUAGACUGCAGGGGGACUGGGGGAAGAGACUCAAAUGAUUGGCUAGGCCAUUUUGGCUCCCAAUAGGCCUUCCACGUUCUAACCCUCACCAAUGUUCGCUUUGCCUGGCUUCUAUAUUAAUUGAUUGUCAAGAGGUCCUCUCAACUAAGAUAUGGUUUUAAUUGAUGCCAUCAACCUCCUAUGGAUUUUUUUUGUACCUUUGAAAUCAAAAACCAAAAUGAAGAUGCCAAGGGAUUUCAAUGGUCUUUUCAGCUGCCUUAAGUGUCAUGUUACAGCUACAUGUUUAAGAAGAUUACAUCUGCUUUGCUUUUCUCCUUCAUCAGGCCAGUCUUAUGUGUUGGAUGUUUUCUGUUAACUUUGCCCUUGUUUUCAUCUGAUGUGAAUUACAGGAAUUUUGUGUCAAUCAAUAUCUACCAUGUUAAACAUUUUGUUCAUCCCCUGUGCCAUUAUAGUUAUUGUCUUAUUGCAUUAGAGCUGUCAAUAAGAUAUACAGUUUGCAUCUAACGUUGCUCAUAACCCGUGGUUGCAGGACAUCUGCUGAACUAGCCUUACUGGAAUGAGACAAGCAAGGGUGGGUGUAUGUAUGUCACUGUUACCCCAAACACAGGCACACUGAUUAGAUCAGUCUUUCUCCUAUUGCUCUUUCAGUUACUCACACUCCUCUCUCUCUUACUCUGUAAAGCCAUGAGCUUGCCAUUGCACACAAUGCUUUCUUGUUAAAACAAAGUCCUGAUUGUAUCAGAUUGAAUACAGAUUUGGAUGUCUAUGUCUGCUAGGUAAACAGAUCCCAAAGAUGAAUCUUCCAUUUGUAUCGCUGUUGUUGGAAGAAGUUGGGAAGCAAUAAUUUUAUGAUUGAUUAUUGAGACCCCUCCCCCAAAAGUCAAACUUUUGUCUGCUUACCUGCUUAUGUGUAAUAAACUUUCUUUUUUUUGUCUGAAGUCAAACAGAAACCACAAGGCAAAUACAUUCCAUGUUAUAUUGUCACAGAAAUCUAUGUGCUGAUUAAUGCUACACAUUAGGAUGACAUAAAAAUCCUGUACUGUUUAGCGUUACCUCCCUCAUGUAGGUACGUAUGUGUUUUGAAGGUACCAGAUGUCAGCAGUGAUGCUACUCAUUUGUGGCUAACUGUGUUAACUUAUCUAGGUGUAAUGGCAAGUAUGUAUGACUAAUACUGCAACAGGAGCUGCAACCCUAACAGUUACUAAUGUUGUGGAAAGGUAUAUGCCUCUGCUGCAGGGCAGAUGCCUACCUGAGGAGAGUGACUACAUAUUUUAUCCAAACCACUCUAGCAGGAUUCUUUCAGUGCCUGAUGGUUAUUAUUGGUAUGACUAGUUCUGUCGUUUGCCUCGUGCCUUUGGUGAUGUCAUAUGGGGUCUGUGCACCUUAUGUCCUUAAGGGCCACAGGGUCAGCUGGUUGAAUUGAAUAUAAAGUAUUGCAUUUGAUGGACACCUGUUUUAUAAGUCAUAGUAAAUCUGCUGACUGGACGAUACAUGUGGUGGAAACCUACAGAGUCUAGCACUUGAGAACUAAAGUUGCACUUCCUCUGUGUGGAAGUCUUUGUCUUCUCAAACAGAUGGAUUGCCCCCCACCACUACCCGAUAAUAAAUUCUGGUGGAAUGUCAUAGGUUUCUUAACAUUUAACCUGCCAUGACAUGUAUAACAGGUGAUAAAGGUUAAAUUAAGAAGUGCAAUUUUGUUAACUUUUUUUUAAUACGCCAUACAUAUUCCCUUGUAUCUUUGCAGCUCAAUGCCAUUCUGUACUGCAGACUAAAGAUGCUUGGUUUGGUAUUUAUGAUCCAAAAGACAUUUGGCAUUGGAUAUUUUAUAAUCCAUUUAAUUCCAGAUGUAAGUGGUCUUUACCUAUUAUGUGUAAACACUCGACUUGAUUAUAUAUUUUGAUUUAACCUUUUUUUACAAUGAGAAGUCUGUGUGUACUUUACAAUACAUAAUAUUUUAGAUAAAUGAUUAUGUCGUAACACAUGCAUUACCGUUACAAAUUACUUUGAUAACAAUUUCUUAAAAUUUGAUUUUUAUGCUUAUAUAAUUACGGCAAUGUAAAAGAAUGGGCAACUAAUUUCUUCAAUCUAUUGUGUCGUCAGAGCAGGCAUCAAGGAAAUAUCACCUAAGUAAACGUUUUUUGGGGAGUUUCUCUGCUAUACUUACAAAUCACUGAAAGGCUGGGUCCUGUGUGGUACAGUGAACCCAAACCAUAUAUUUGGUAUUCCCCAGACUUGCCCUGCUGCACACAGCCUAAAAUUGCUGAAAACUCAAGUUCGGCCUUUUUUAAUCUCCUUUAGCUGAAAGGGAUGACUUGGCCUUGAAGGAGUGUAUGGUGGUAUGUGGUUUUUGAUUUGUGCGUUAAAAAGUCAUUUUAACUGCAACCCACUUGAAUAACAAUUCUGUUGAAAAUAUCAGUCAUGCCAAAUAAAUUCAAAAGUUUA